UUAUUGAGCUAAAACCUUGGACCUGGAGGUUUUAGGAGGAAGGGAGGAUGGACAACGUCUCCUCACACAAACACUUUAUCCUCAAUGGCUUCAAUGAACUCGGAGCACUGAGGCCCGUCCUCUUCAUCCCAUUCUCCAUCAUGUUUGUUGUGUCACUGUCCGCAAACUCCCUGCUGCUGUAUGUUGUCAUUUCACAGAGAAGCCUCCACUCACCGAUGUACAUCCUCAUUGCCGGCAUUGCGUGCGUGGACCUGAGCUUCCCGGUGAUCUUCGUCCCCAACAUGUUGCUGAGCUUCUUGUUUGACUGGAGGGGAAUCUCUCUGAUUGGCUGUCUGGUUCAGAUGUUCUUUAUUCACUUUUUUGGAGCUUUUCAGUCCACGUUUUUGGCAUGGAUGGCACUGGACCGCUACUUCGCCAUCUGCACACCACUCUACUACCAUGAACGCAUGGCUUUACAAAAAUUUCUCAAGUUUGUGAUCCCUCUUGUGAUCAGGAACAUGUUCACAGUCUUGCUGGUUGUGACUUUGGCAGGAAGGUUGUCAUUCUGCUUCAGAAACAUGAUAAAUCACUGUUUCUGUGAGCACAUGGCCUUGGUGGAGUUGGCCUGUGGAAGCACAGCCAUCAACAGUCUUUUGGGGUUGAUCUCAGUGUUCCUUGUCACUGUGGUUGAUAUCUUCAUUACCAUCAUCUCUUACAUCAUCAUUUUUAGGUCUGUCUUGACUUCAGGCAAAUCAGGUCUCAAAGCUCUUCAUACUUGUGUCACCCACAUUAUGGUCAUCAGUGUCAGCCUGACCUUUGUACUCAUUGCUUUCCUUUCUUAUCGGAUCAGAAACAAUCUCCCUGCAUCCAUUCGAGUUUUCUUAAGCACCAUGUACUCAUUGUUCCCAAGCUGUUUCAAUCCGAUCAUUUAUGGGAUCAGAACCAAAGAAAUCCGACAGCACAUCCUGAAGACACUGUCACGCUGUUGCUUUGUCCGAACUAUGCCCCACUCUUGA